AUGGCUUCCCUCGACCAAAUGGCUGACGAGACCCUAGCCGAAAUCAAACUCGAACUCGAACAACUCCAACUCACGGCCGAAUUCACAGCGGAAUUCGCAGACGGAGUUACCGACGAGCACACAGACGGAUGCCAGUUCUGCGUCCUUGUACCUCGCCACGCUCGCGCAAUCAACAAAGUGUGGAAUUGGUUGGACCACCCCAACUUCGGCCAGGACCCACUGCACAUCCCCUGGACAAACACCACCGUCGGCAUCCUUUACUUUCGCAAACUCCGGGAGUACUGGACGAUCGAAGAGCACGCCUGGGUGUCGUGGGCCAUCGACGCGUACGCGGGUGUGUGGGACGGAGGCCGCAUUCCCAUUAAAACGCUGUGGGAGGCGUUCUGUGUGCGGUUUCCGGAGGGGGGAAGGACGCUGGUGGCUAUGCGGAGCUAUGUGCAGCGAACGCGCGAUUUGCGGGCGAAGAGGAUGAAGUACAGGAUGUGA